AUGCAAAGGACAUCGAGUCGUUUGGCAGUUGCGAAACAGCGCCUGGUGGAUCUGCUGAUUCGUCGUGCGCAGCAUGCAGCUUCUGCGCUGCUGGGCAUCGAUAUUCCACGCUUCUGCUAUCACGACCGGCUUUCCAUUGCGGGCAAUUGCCGCAUGUGUCUUGUGGAAGUGGAGAAGCAGUGGAAGCCAGUUGCAUCAUGUGCAAUGCCGGCCACCAAGGGGAUGCGAGUGCAGACGAACUCACCGAUGGCCAAGAAAGCUCGCGAAGGAGUGAUGGAGUUCCUGCUUUUCAAUCAUCCGCUCGACUGCCCAAUUUGUGAUCAGGGAGGCGAGUGUGACUUGCAAGAUCAGUCGAUGGGAUUUGGCUCAGAUAGAAGUCGUUUACGAAUAACCUACGAUGGAAAAAGAGCGGUGGAGAACAAAUACAUUGGGCCGUUGGUGAAAACAGUGAUGACACGAUGCAUCCAGUGCACGCGCUGUGUCCGAUUUUCCAAUGAAAUUGCUGGUGUGCCAGAUUUCGGUACCACUGGUCGAGGAACUGACAUGGAGAUUGGAACAUAUGUUGAGAAGCUGUUCGCAACGGAGUUGUCUGGUAAUGUCAUUGAUAUCUGUCCAGUUGGCGCGCUUCUCAGCAAACCGUACAGCUUCACAGCCAGGCCGUGGGAAUUGCGAAAAGUGGAAAGUGUUGACGUGAUGGACGCACUUGGCUCAAACAUCGUGAUUGCACAUCGGACAGGUGAUUUGCUGCGAAUUACACCACGGCUAUGUGAGGAUAUCAAUGAAGAAUGGAUUAGCGAUAAGACACGCUUUGUGGUUGAUGGUUUAAAGCGACAGAGAUUGGGACAGCCAAUGUUGCGAACUCAGGCCGGAUCUCUGGAGCCGUGCACUUGGGAAGAAGCAUUGUUUGCUGUUGCUUCGAAAUUACGCUCCACCUCUCCGGAUCAGAUGGCAGCAAUAGCCGGGGAUCUGUGUGAUACAGAAUCACUGGUAGCACUGAAAGAUUUGAUGAAUCGGUUUGAUAGCGAAUUGGUUUGCACAGAGGAAUCGUUUCCAGACGUAAGUGGUGGCGGAGAUCUACGAUGCAAUUAUGUUAUGGGUGACAAACUGAUUGGAGUGGAAAAGGCGGAUGUGCUGUUGCUGAUCGGUACAAAUCCACGCUUUGAAGCUGCAGUUUUCAAUGCUCGUAUCAGAAAGAGUUUCCUACACACAGAUAUUGAGAUCGGUGUAAUUGGUGCAGAAGUGGACAUGAAGUAUGAUUAUGAGUAUCUUGGUGACAACAGCACUGUUCUGGACGGUGUGAUCGACGGCAAAAGUGAAUUUGCGAAGGUGAAUGCGAGUGCAAGGUUCAUUAGUAAUGUUUUUAGCGAGCCGAUCAUUGCGGAACGACCUCGUUUGCAUGCAGCAAAACGACCGAUGAUUAUUGUGGGUUCAGGUGCUUUACAAGGACGGCACUCCGCUGCACUGCUUGGCAAAAUCCAAACACUCGCAGAGAAAUUACGAAGCAAAACUGGCAAAACUGUAAAAGUUAUGAAUGUUUUGCAACGAUGUGCUUCGCAAGUGGGUGCUUUG